GUUCUAACGAACCGCUCUCUUAUACGAAAAUGGGCCAUAAGAUACGAGUCGUGUGGAAAAACCAAUAAUUUUUUUAUUCUUUUUUAGAGUCAUAUAGACACAUCUCCCAUUGCUGAAAUAUCCCGCCUUACAUCCGCCCGACAAUUUCAAGUUGAAUUUCUUGUUGAACUAUGGAUCAUUUCUUCUUCCUGCGAAAUGGAGAAAUAAUACAACCGCAUUGAAGUUUAAGCCGGGUGAGCAACUGUCACGCCAACCAGUGAUAAAAAGAUUGCGUUCCCCUCCCUCCUUGGCUGCUCUCAUCGAGUUCACUCACGCGCUUUGGCUUUAUCGCCAGGAUUUUACAAUUGAUUACGACGGCUCGUCUGUUAGCCUUGCACGAUCGAUAAGAGCAAACGCCCAUGUGAGCAAUAUUCAAAUUUAUGUUAUCUUCAGGUUGAAAAAUGAAGGAACUAGGAAUCUUCAGAAUGUCGUAAAGACAAACGAAAGUCGAUCUUUAUGACCAUGGAAGUGAAACUUGAAAGUUGCACAUCUACCGACUUGAAGGAAAAGAAACAUUUGAAAGAUACCUGGUCGAAUGGCUCUUGCGCGCGCACUGUGGGGGACCUGUCCGUCGAGUUCCAGCGGGUCACGUGAUGUCGAUGAUCGGCCACGCCUCGUUCCACCAUUCUACCUGUCCGUGUGCUGCCUUAGAGAUCGAUUCAUUUACCUUUUUCCCGUUUCUCUCACUCGUCCCUCUUUUGCUUGUCUAUGGGUUUCCAUCUGAUGCGCUUCACACACACAAACCGGAUGCCUCUCCGCAUGCCAGUGACAUGGUGUGCCAUCCUUGCCCAGUAGUUGCUUCAUUCCUUUGGUCCAAUCGUUUACCCGUCACCUUCCUUUGUGAUAUCAUUCAGUUAAAGACAAGUGUACACGAAAAUCGUCUUUGCCGGUGAUGGUGGAAAUUCGGUGGAUGGAACGAGAAAUGGGUCCGUCAUGAAUCCGUUCAUUUUCCUACUAUUUCGAGUCGGAUUGGUGGCCGUCGGCUGGUUCGCCUCGUCCGCAGAAACCGCUCCUGUUUUGCCGUCUUCAUUGGAUGUUGUUGAGUUAUGUUUCGGUAUGUUUUUGAGUUCCAACACCUCAGCGACGAACAACAACACAAAAGACUCUAUAGACGAAUAACAUAAACGAUGGCGUCACCCAUGGCAACCGUCGAGUUGUUGGUUGUUCGGUCCCUUCCGGCACACUCAACCUGACAACUGGUGGACAUCGUAGCUGUCGAUGGCGAUGAAAUUGUACAAAGUUCCAUGAUCACGCCAUUCCCCUCGGGCAACGGUGGAUUACUGCCGGACGAGCCCAACUUUUUCUGGAGUGGCUCUGGGGACGAUCCCGAUGCUGGAAUGACCUACUGGAUCACCACCACCAUAUACAAAACAGCCGUCGUGACCAUGACUCCAUCAACGCCCAAACCAACUAUCGCCACUACAUCUCCGACCAUUACGCCAACUCCACCUAUGAAAGAAUCAUCAAGUCCACCCAUCACCUGGCCAGUCGAAGCCUUUCAACCGCGCAAUUGGAUCAGGACAAUAAUUCGUUCAGAUAUGAAUGAAACAUCGCCCCGAUUCCAUCAGCUGAUCCAGUCGAGGCUUGGCAGGAUGUACUCCGACCUCCUACAACAACGUAAUGUCACAAACGUCAUAGGGAUUGGUGCACCGCUAGCGCACGUCAUCAUCCAUAAUAUCACUCGACGAUCGGGGGACAUUGACGUCAUCUAUUCGUUAUCGACUUGGCAUCAUCAAAUACCAAUGGAUGGAUCAAUUACUAGUCGCCUAGUCGAACCUUAUUUGGCGGUUGCAGCGGUGCGGAGAGUCGACGUCACGCGUCAGCUAUGUCACAGGCAGGCAAAUGACACACAGGAAAUGAGCCUGUGCCUGUCCGUUGUCAACCAAGCCGAACCUUUCUCGCGAGCAGAAGAGACGAGUGUAGCCACCACGGCUAGCACGGGUUAUCAAUACUGGAUCGUUGGAGUCAUCGUUGGUGUCCUUCUGAUUGUGAUCGUCAUCGUUGUGUUCAUCUAUUUUACUGGUCGUAAAAAGAAGGAGAAGAAGAGGAAUAAUAAAAGAGACGUGGCCGUCGGUGAGUUGUCUCCUCCUAAUGUGCCGCAAUCGGAAUCUGUUGGCGAUAGUCGAAGCAAAGCCGUCAGAAUAUCGAAGAAUAUCGUUUCAAAAUUGGUGGCAAAAGGCUCUACGGAAGUGGAAGAGGAUCCUGAUCCGUGGGUGCGGAAGGCACGCAGUACGUCGAAGAAACAACGUAAACAUAAACUGAGACCUCAGACUGCGCCAGAAAGAAAUGCGCAUCGACAGAGUUCUAGCAGCCUUUCGGCCAUUUUAUCCGGAUCGACAUCGUCCACAUCGAGCAGUCUCGACCGAAUGGAGUAUCGUCUAUCCCGAGAAGAGCCCGUCCAGCCUAGUCGGGGAGCCCGUCGUCUGAAACGGAAAAGAACGGCCAAAACGGAUGUUUUAUCCCCGGAGAGAGCAAAGCAUAAGAAAGAACUGAAAACGCAAACGACGGACGCGUCCAUUUUAAAAACGAGACGUUGGAUUACGACUUCGGUUGAAAUGGAAACUCAGGAAGUGAUGGCUGAUUUCAGCGAUUGCCCUGACACUCCCGACGAUGUGUCUCACGAAGUUGAAUUAAUUCUUACGACGGACGAUCUUGGAUGGCAACCGGGCAGUCUCAUUCCAUCGUGCGUGACGGCCGGUGUUUUCGGUUCUAGGAAAAUAUCAUCGGCACCUGUCGUACUCGAAAGUGCUGGACAUACUGGAGAAGAUGGCCGGCAAGCUAUGAAGCCUAGACGGGCGUGGUCAACGCCAGAUCACGUGCAAUUCAAUGGGCAAUCGAAGAAUGUCGAAAAUAUCGUUCCAAUUCAUUACGAAUCGUCGAAUAUUGAGAGUUCGGACGACCACUCGAUUGCGGGACGGCAACAAGCGACUCACUUAAAACAUCCAGCACUUCAUAUCCAUUCCAUAUCGUAUCCUACUUGGCCGAGCUUAAGUGACACCGAUCCUGCCAUCGAAUUAAUUCGCACAAUCAAAGACGAAUUGAAAAAAUUCGAACCCAAAGUUUCUUAGGCCAAUUGAUGAGUCGUUUUACUUUUUAAAACAAGACGUGACAAAAGGUCCCUUUUCGACCAAUGGGGUUCAUUUAUUUCUUCGGUAAUAAUUGUGAAAUGUGGGUGUGUGUGUGUGUGUCAACAAAAGAUGAUUAUUAUGUUUGCACUGUACAUUGUAUGAUGAGCAUUUGGUGGUAAUUUGAUUUUAUUGUUCGAGUGUUACUGUACAAACCUGCAAAAUAGCGAAAUCUCUUUUGUGGCGUAUUUCUAUUCUUCUACCUGCCCCUUGUGAAUGUUGUUCCCGUUCAACACCGCCAUUCUUUUCCUAUCAAUUAAAAUCGAUUUUCAUCAUCCGGGA